AAGAAAAGAAACUUGUAGAUUAAUACAGCCAAUGUGACUUUUAUUUAGGAAUAUUCAACCAUUGGGCAGAAAUGGUUAUAAAUAUCAUUAUCCAAUAAUCACAAACGGCUGUGAUUGGUGCAUGCUCACCAGCGCUGAGAAAAGUAACAGUGACCACGUGAUAAAGACGUUUCAGCUGUGGCCUGAAUAAUAAUUUACAGCUGAAUACUGACACUGAGAAGCUGUGGCAGACUCUGAAUUUACAGUAAACACACAAUGAGAAAACAAAAUAGAAGCUUAAUUAUCGAGACUUCUUAAGUGAUCUAUUAAAAGGUCCGUUAACCCCGCCCAGAACAGCUGAACUUUAGGAAACAGUUUAAUGUGUUUGAGAAACCAGUCGUCUUCUGUUGUGACUCAUUUGAGUUGAUCAUUUUAUUCAGUUAUGAUGAGCUCUUUUAGUCUGGACGAAGAGCUGAUUUGUGCAGUGUGUCGUGAUAUAUUUGUUGAACCGGUGACUUUACCCUGCGGUCAUAAUUACUGUGAGCAGUGUGUGAAUGAGCUGAAGAGAUCUUUGAGAGAGAGUGAAGAUGAUGAAGAUGAAGAGCACGUCCUGACUCGCUGUUACACAUGCCCUCUGUGUUUGUCUCCGUGUGACUCUAGAGUGGAGCUGAAGAAAAACACGGUGCUCAACAACAUCAUUGAGAAAUACCAGAGUAAAAGAGACAUUAUGUGCAGUGUGUGUAAAGGUGAACAGAAACUGACUGCGGAGAAAAUGUGUGUGAACUGUGAAGAGUAUUACUGCACUUUACAUGUGAUGCCACAUCUGGAGAAUAACACACUACGACAGCAUGUGCUGGUGAAUCCAGUGGCCAACUCCAGUAGAUUGUGUAAGGAACAUGGGAAAGAGCUGGAGUUAUUCUGCAGUACUGAUGGCACAGCUCUGUGUGUGUACUGUAUGUUACCAUCAGAGGCCAAACAUCUGCAGGGACACAGUGUGGUCAAACUCUCGGAUUCACUGGACUCUUUUAAGGAGGACUGCCGAGUUAAACUGGACAAUGUCAAAGCUCAUUUGUCUGAAGUUCAAGCUGGACUUUCUAAACUUGAGGAAAUGUCAUCCACCACUAAGGUAAGAUAUAUUUCAAGUAAAAUAUGGAUUGUUCUUUUUUUGAAUGUUUUAAUGGUUAUUUUCACACAGGAGGGUCUUGAGAAUAAGCAGCGAGAGUGUGCGGUGGUCUUGAGCAGGAUCAGAAUGUUCUUGGACUUUGAAGAGAAAGCCCAGCAGAAGCGUUUCUCGGUGGACUUGCAGCAAGAGGACCGGUGCGUGAGACAGAGAGCAGAGAGACUGAACAGGUUGAGAAGUAGAUUACUGCAGGCACAAGAAGCUCUGAUUCAGGCCAAAAGCUUUCAUGACCCUUUGAUGGUGCUGCAGACUAUAAAAAACACAGACUGGACUGAUUUGUUUGAUAAACAAGAUUGUGCAAAUCAGAUCUCAGAGGCAGUUGAUUGGAAUAAUGUGAAACCUACAGCUGCAUCAAAAAUCUCCCCAUUGUUCCAGUCCAUCCACAAGAUAUUUGCUGGAGAUGAUAUUGUGUUGAAUUCCGUAUCGGCACACCACAGACUCAAGUUGAACCCGGCACGCAACACUGUGUGGCUGACAGAAGAUGGUGGGCCUUGUUCUGGAGAACUUUACUGUGUGAUGGGUGAAGCUUCAUUCUCCUGUGGUGUCCACCAUUGGGAGGUUGAUGUUUCUUCUGUCUACUCUUGGGCAGUUGGAGUGUCAUACAGUUGUCAGCAGGGCUCAGGUCUCGGUUAUGCUCUUGGCAGGAAUGAUCUGUCCUGGAGCUUACACUACAACAGGAACCGCAGGCAGUUCUGUGCCCAGCAUGACUGGCUUCAGUUCAGCUUCUCAGAUUCUGUCACUGGCCUCCCCACCCGAGUAGGUGUUUUUCUGGACGUGGAUAUUGGUUUCCUGUCUUUCUAUGAUGCCAUUAGAAUGAAGCAUCUUUAUACAUUUUAUUGUAACCUCCAAGGUCCAGUGUAUCCAGCUUUCUGUCUGGGUGUGGAGAACAAAAUGGAGGAUUUCCAGCAGAUGAGGGUGUUAAACCCCAUGUCAGAUUGAAGACAAUAACUUAAACAUCACAAACUGACAGCAGUUCAAUUAUGACAUGUAAAGACAUGCAGGUACUGUUUGAACAUAAAAAACUAUUGGACAUGGAUAUUUCUUCAGGCUGAGAAGGUAAAAAUUACUUAGAACUUUCAGUAAAUUGAAAAACUCAUGGGAUUCUUGUUGCACAACAAAUUUAAUAAAGUUGGGUAAAAUGUAUUUCUGAAUGUAAGUCACAUUUUUCAUGUGUCUUCAGAGUAAACUGUUUGCUUAAGUAAGCACAGGUUUGGUUUCUUUUGUUGGUUACAAACUUUAAACUCACUGUAAGUAUCUGUGUACAAAAUUAUCAUAGUCAACAGGUUUGAGCAAAUCUCUGGCUGCUUUUUUGUCACCCAAUUAUUGUUCCUGUUAAUAGGCUGCCAAUGAAAUCAUGCUUGCAUACAGAAGUAUGAAAUCCCUUCUUUAACCCCCCAACCCCCCCCCCCCAUUAUUUGUGUUUUACAUUUUGAGCACUGUGAAUUUCUAUUAAGUAAAAUCCAUUUAAAAAAUAAAAAAAAAAUCACACACUCGUUUAUUUAAUUUGUCUACUAACAAUGUCCAACGGUACACAUGCGUGUACAUGCAUCACAGGAGAUUUGUCACGUCAUUGUCAUCAGCACAUCUCAAAUUCUGUAUUGUGUUUAAUAGAAUUCUGUGGUGGAAAUGACACUAAUGGAAAUACAAUUGUUAACAUUUUUAAAUAAAAUGGCAGACUGCUUUGUAUUGUUAAGGCUAAUUCAUAGCUUACAUUUUAUAUGUCCUUAAUAUACACAACUAAUAUUUUCACACUUUUUGUGUAAUUUGGCGAAAUAACUGCUUGAUUGGAAAUGACAGCCAAUAAAAAUACUCUGCUCA